AACAGGAACAAGAGACUUGGUCGUUUGUUAAAUUGCGACAUUAACCCGGUGUUGUCAGACACACAGAGAAAAUCUCCGAGCAGAUAAAAGUCAGACAGAGCCGUGUGACCGGGCAGGUCAGCAGGGAGGAGGUUCCCAGCAAGCUCGGUUUUCCCUUCCUGCACAACAAAGUUACACAGACAUCUUGUCAAGGAGAGCACAGUAUGUGGACGCUGCCUCUUCAUUUGGUUUUUCUUGCAUUACACCUACAGGUGACCACAUGCUACCAAUCAUGCACUUUAAAUGGCCUGGUAGCUGAUUGUGCCUCACAGCACCACUACUGGGUUCCUGUUCUGCCUCACAACAUCACCGCCCUCUACUUGGAGAUGAACUACAUCAGUGAGAUCAACAGCACCUCGCUCAGAAGCUACGGCAAGCUGCUGGAAUUAGAUCUUGGAAAGCAGAAUGUUUUGCUUACCAUAAAGAACAAUGCUUUUCUCAGGCAGAGAAAACUGACACGGUUGGUCCUAGGAUUCAAUAAUCAUCUUCAGCUGGAGCCAAGAGCAUUUGCAGGGCUGUUUAAUUUACAGCACCUCUUUUUGGAUUAUUGCAAUUUGAAAGACUCCAUACUGAAAGAAUCCUAUCUGCAGCCACUUUUGUCUUUAGAAAUGCUUGAUCUCUUUGGUAACGAAAUAGUGAGGCUCCAGCCUGGACAAUUCUUCUCAAAACUAACAAAGUUCACACAACUAAACCUUAAACUGAAUCAGAUUGAAAGAUUAUGUGAAGAAGAUCUCGCUGGUUUCUGGGGCAAACAAUUCCAUAUCCUGAACUUGAAUUCCAAUCACUUAAACAGGAUGUUUCGUGGAGAUUUUGACUGGAAAAGGUGUGGAAACCCUUUCAGAAUGAUGGCCUUUAACACUCUUGAUUUGUCCAGCAAUGGGUUCAACUUGAACUCAUCACGUCAAUUUUUCAAAGUAAUAGAGGGGACACCAAUUGCUCAUCUUGUAUUCUCUGGACACCUAGGCAAAGGCUUUUCACAUAACAACUUCCCUGACCCAGAUGAAAGCACAUUCAGUGGCCUCAUGAACAGUGCGGUUAACAUCUUAGAUCUGUCUAAGAAUAGGAUAUUUGCUUUGGAGAGGGCUGUUUUCAAUCUUCUAAAGGAUGCAGUAAUUAUUGAUGUUUCCAACAACAAAAUCAAUCAGAUUAACGCAAAUGCCUUUAAUGGUCUUCAAGGACAUUUACGAAUGCUCAACCUUUCAUUCAACCUCCUAGGAGAAAUAUAUUCUUAUACAUUCACUAAUCUGACAGACCUCAGGGUGUUGGAUUUGUCUUAUAACCACAUCGGUGCAUUAGGAUACCAAACCUUCAGUGGUCUUCCAAAAUUACGUGCAUUAUAUUUGACAGGAAACUCACUGCAAGACCUGGGUUUUCCUGCAUCAUUACCAAACUUAGAGUUUCUUCUUUUGGAUGAUAAUAGGUUGAAAUCAUUAAUCAGCAUCAUUGACUUGGGCAUCAACAGUAUUCACUUUGACGUGAGAAAUAACAGAUUAACAAACUUGGAGGAUGUUUAUGUCAUUUUAUCUCAUUUCAGUCAUCUCCAGAAUUUCUUCUAUGGUGGCAACUUCAUCAAGUGGUGCACCCUAAGAGCGAACAUUUCAGUACCUCAUAAUAAUAGUUUGAAAGUGUUGGAUCUUCAUGACAGCUCCCUGCAGAUCUUGUGGACACAGGGGAAAUGUCUUGACCUGUUUGAUCAUCUCGAGAAUCUACUCGGUCUAAAUUUAAGCUUCAAUUCACUGGGGACUCUUCCACAAGGAAUUUUCAGUGGUCUCAGCUCGAUCAUAGAGAUUGACCUUUCAUUUAAUGCCUUAACCUAUCUGCAGCCAGAUGUCUUCCCAGGCAGUCUGAAAAGACUCAACUUGGAAAGCAACUUCCUAGCAUCACCAGAUCCUAUGACUUUUAAGUCUCUCAGCUUCCUCAGUCUCGCUGCAAAUCGGUUUCAUUGCGAUUGCCAUUUGGAAAGCUUCUUCAAGUGGCUGAAUGUGACAAAUAUCACAUUCCUGAGCCCAGUGGAGGAGUACAGGUGUGAGUUUCCAGCUGCUUUCCAUAACUUUCCUCUGCUGAAUUACUCCACCAUCAUUGAACCGUGUGAGAAAGAUGAUGAAAUGGCUGUUCAAGAUCUUAAGUUUGUCCUCUUCAUCUUAUCUGUCCUUCUUAUAAGCACAGUCAUCCUCUGCGGAAUUAUUUACGCCCGUUUCAGAGGUCAGGUAUUCAUCAUCUACAAAAAGAUUGUCGGUAGAGUUCUCAAGGGCUCAGAACCAACACCACCUAUGGAAGAGAUGAAGUACGACGCCUUCCUCUGCUUUAGCAACAGUGACUACAAGUGGGUGGAAGCCGCUUUGCUGAAAAAGCUGGAUAACCAGUUUUCAGAGGAGAACAUGUUCCGUUGCUGUUUUGAGGCCAGAGACUUUCUACCAGGGGAGGAUCAUCUUUCCAAUAUCAGAGAUGCCAUUUGGGGCAGCAGGAAGACUGUGUGCAUCGUCUCCAAUGAGUUCCUCAAAGAUGGUUGGUGCUUGGAGGCAUUCACCUUGGCCCAGGGCCGGAUGCUAGAGGAACUGACAAAUGUCCUGAUUAUGUUGGUGGUAGGGAAGCUGACUCACUACCAACUGAGGAAGUACGAGACAGUCAGAGCUUUUGUCCAGGGGAGAGACUACCUCAUCUGGCCAGAGGACCCUCAGGACCUGGAGUGGUUUUAUGAACAACUCACCUCACAGAUACUCAAAGACACUAAGGUGAAAAAGCUUGCAGAGGACAAACCUGAGCCUGCCCAGCCUGACAUUCAGUCUCAGAAUGAGGACGGUAUCCAGCUUGAGAACAUCAGAGCAAUUGCCAUGUGAACUCUAACUGUAUAGCCUGCUGAUACCAAUUUCUAUCCUAAUAAUGUCACCAAGAUGCAAGAAAGAUGAGCAAAAAGUUCUCCAUUGCCUUUUGAUUUACCUCAUUUCAAAGCAAAAAAAAAGGAAGAGGAGGUUUUUUUAAUUCUCCAAAACUAGGUACAAGUAAGCACACCAUUAUUUGUAUGUGUAUCUGUUCAACCAACUAAAUUAUCUGUAUCCGUAUCUGUGCUUGGAAUGGGAUUAACCCAAAAGUGGGCCAGACUAACUUGAUGUCUCAAAUUAAAAUGGAUUGAUCAGAAUUGUUCUGUUUAUUAUUUAUUAGAAAACUAUUUAGAGAACAACCUUAGCUUUGGAUCAAUGUUUAUGAUCACAAGACUGUAAGCGAACUGUCUACAGCUAUUUACAAGUUUUUACAAACUUGACUGAAUAACUUCUGAAUAAGUUCUAAAACAUGAAGCAUGUGGUUACUGUUUGAGGAAAACUGUAAUGCAUUUUUAUUUAUCAUCACCACUAGAUGGCGAGUGUGUGCCGUCUUCACUUGCUCUUCACAUCAGUCUUGAGUGAUCAGUGUGAACCCAGCAUGUUGAUUAGAGAAAGUUAAGUGAUCACCACAUCAAAACUGUGUCACAUUCAACAAGGAUUCCUUUUAAUGACACUGUUUCAUCAUAACAGCAACUGCAAAUGACACUGAGUGCUUGGGUUUGUUCAACUGUAGUCUGAGAGUCAAUCUGAGGUCAGCCUUUCCUUUCAUUUGAGCUGUGUGUCUAAAAACAGGAAGCUACUGGGCAGAGGAACGCUUCCGUCCGGUUGGCCCCUCCGCCUGCAUCCUCCCUGCCUUUAUGAGCCAGCUGUUCUGAACAUUACAGCCUGUCUGCAGGCUCCUGCUGCUUAUACACUGUGGACAGUCCAUUAAUCUGUACACAGUGCAAUAUUAACAUCUGUCCAGUAUGCUUUUAUUAUGUGCAUGUGUAUAUUUUAGGAUUUUUACCAGUGUGGGACUUAAACAUGCUGUUAGUAUCCCCAAAAUGUGUGAGUAUUAUUUGAAUGAACUUGUAAAGGAAGAAAGCCCAGAAAGCCUUUGGUGUUUUGACUGAGAAUAUAAUACAUCAAUGAAAUCAUUAAAAAUUAGUGUGAAAUUGU